GCUCUCGAGAAUAAAGGAGAGGAGAAGAGUGGGACGCGGGAUUAUUGUUGGCUGCAACACGGACUCAUCAAGGGUUUACACCGAAAUUGGAAAAUAAGUCUCAGUCACCUUGUAAGAUGUUUCCUCACCACAGAGAAAGGGAGCAGCCGAUCUUCAGUGCCCGGGCCCACGUCUUCCAGAUCGACCCGGCCACGAAGAGAAACUGGAUCCCCGCCAGCAAGCAUGCCGUCACCGUGUCCUUCUUCUAUGAUGCCAACCGCAACGUGUACCACAUCAUCAGCGUGGGCGGGACCAAGGCAAUUAUCAAUUGCACCAUUACACCCAGCAUGACCUUCACCAAGACGUCUCAGAAGUUCGGCCAGUGGGCGGAUAGCAGGGCCAACACUGUGUAUGGACUUGGUUUUGCUACAGAGCAACAGCUGCAUCAGUUCUCAGAUAAGUUUAAGGAGGUGAAGGAUGCAGCUCGUCUGGCGCGAGAAAAAUCUCAGGAUAAAGAACUGGCCAACACAGCGCUCACCAUCGCUGCUCCGCAGGACCUCUCUGACGAACUCCAGUCUCCACCGGUGAUGUGUGUGAACGGACCCGAGGAAAAGAUGUUCCGCAGCCAGAGCGCGGACAUCACCCUGUCCGCUGAGAAGGAGCGCAUAAAGAAGAUGCUCUCUGAAGGGUCUAUCUGUGAGAUGAACCUGGAAGCAGAGUUCUUCACGAUGCAGGACAGCAACACCAAGCUGGUGGCAGCUUUGCAUGAGGCUAAUGCUAAUGUGGAGCAGUGGAAGAAACAGCUGGCAGCCUAUCAGGAGGAGACGGACCGACUCAGAGAGCAGGUGGCUGAAUUGGAGGCCCAUGGAGGCCACGGCCCCAGUGACCUGCUGAAGGAUGAGCUGACCCAGUCCCUGGAGGAGCUGGAGGCCCUGCUGAAGGCCAAAGAUGAGGAAAUUGACAUUCUGCAAAGCAAGAAAGUCGAGUACCACGAGAUGGAGCAUCACAGGGACGAGGCCAUUCACAGAUUACGGGAGACAGAGAUGCGCAACGCUGAGUUGGAGCAUCGCAUCCAGAACUCCGAGCAGAACCUGAAUAACUCUCUGGAGGACCGGGACCGCAUGGACUGUGAAAUCCAGAGGGCCAUUGAAAUUCUGGACAUCAAGAUCUUUGACCUUAAUGACCUUCGCCAGAGCCUGGUUAAACUCAUUGACAAAUAAGAGUGUGAAAGUAUCCAACCCGAGACGGAGACAUGGAACAGAUGACAGGGUUAAACAAAACAAGAUGGGGCUGGCCGGGUCCUCUUAACGCACAAGAACCACCUCGGCUGCAGGGGGGAGCAGCAUGAACCUGGUUCUGCUUAUACAGUCUAAUGUAUCGCUUCAAGUUGCUUUCAAGGGUAACAAUCAAUGCAAUAAACCAACUUUAAGGUAAGUGCUUAACACCGCGAGACAUUUAAUAAGAAUUGGUGCUUGUAGUUUUUCAUAAGUUGACUUUUGUACACAUGUGCAGUGUCAGUAUGAGUAAGAGGCCUUGUUUUUUUGUUUUUUAAAUGACAGGGGAUAUUUUCACAUCUUUAGAGCAAAACAAGUCCAUGAAGUGAAUGCAAAUAAAAGAGGACAAUACAAAAUAACUUUAAAGAGAUUUGCUUAACAGCCUGUCUAAAAUAAAUGUAUUACUGAAUUAACGAUCAACAAAGUUUGAUUAGUGCAGAGAUACACUUACUUUGUGUUGAGUGAAGGACAGAGUUGUUCUAUUUGCUGCUUUUUCCACAGGAAUAAGUAAUGACAUAUAUUCAUAGUCAAUAAAAAAUGUAUGCCACACACAUUCAACAUUAGAUCUUAAUAGUGACACCAAAGAUCAAAUGUUAGGAGCAGAGUCAUCAAAGUAGUUCAGCACUCGUCUAUUAGCACAUCUUCAUUUAAACUCGUAAGACUCCUUUAAAUCUAAAAUGUGUGACAGUAACCUGUACGUAGAUAUGAUACAAUAGGUAAUUACAUUUAGGAUAAAUUAGUAUUUUCCACAUGAUAUAUAAAUCUAUAAUGUUACAGCUAUUAAGUAAAUGCAAGAAAUGAAAGUCAUCACUUAGAUAAGAUAAGUAGAACUGGUCUGAAUAGUCGUCCUGUCAUCUGAACAAACCACUGACUGUGUAAUUUAUUUAGGAAAGACGCAUUCAAGGAACUGAGGGAGACAUGUUCUGCCUUCUGUCUUUGCCUUGACUUGGCUGUACUGUUUGAAAAGUGAUAUCAAUCUUAUUUCCUAUUGGUUAACACAGUCCAUGAUACUACGUGUGUGUGUGUGUGUGUGUGUAUAUAUCUUUCCGAGCCUUAUUGUUCUAUUUUAAGGAUGGUUGUUGAUAAUCAUGCCAGUCUGUCUCUUAAACUUUGAGUUGUUGUAAUUGCAGUUUGGAAAUAAAAGCAAAGAAUACACUCA